AAAAAUUCCCGCGCAGGUUGCGAAGGUCAGGUCAGGGGAAAGCCCUUGAUUGCCUUGAUCUUGCGUUUCUGGUCGGGAUAAAUGCGGAGGAGGAUGCAAAAUUGUUACCGAACAUGCCGAGUCGGCUAAAGUUUCACUCGUGCAAGGCCUCCACUGCCCCCACAACCUCGACCUGCGGUCCCACUGAUGCCGCAUUUUGGAACAUCGCAGGUCCGGCCAAUGAGAGAAGACAAUAGCCGCCUGCCGUGACUCGCUGAGAGCACCCUCGGAAGCUGCUCCAUGUGGGCUUCCUUGCCAUACCCGCUUCUGCUGCGGGUAUUCGUGCACCUCCCAGCUCGCGACAUCUGCCGUUGCGGCUGCGUCUGUGGCUCCUGGUCCGAAGCGGCCGGAGACGAGCUGCUCUGGCGACACAAGCUCCGGCAGGACUGGAAGGUGGACCGCAGCGUCCCCGCGUGCGACGGUGCUUCCUGGAAGCUGGAGUACCGCCGGCUCCUAUACGAAGCGCCAGUCGUAGAGACGGAGGUCCUCCGUGACCACACUCACCAAGUGCUGCACGUCAGCUUCUCCCACAACGGCUCCUGCUUCGCGAGCUGCUCAAAGGAUGGCCACGUGAAGCUGUGGAGCUCGAUAUUCCCUGCCAGCGUGCUGCACUCACGCAACAUGCGCGAACUCAGCUGGAACUACACGCAGUUCUCACAGUUCAACGAGUCGGACACCCUCGUUCUGGUCUCUGGAGUCCACUUCGGCACCCACACGGCAUCGGGAGAGAUAGCGGUCUUCAACCUCAGGGAGGGCUUCACCCUCCAGUGCAGGGUCCUCAACAAGCCGUACGACAUCUUUGGGACCUGGUACACCGACCACUAUCUCCUCUCGGGCAAGCUUCACUUCUUGGGCCACAUGCUGUCCUGCUCGGCGGUCUGGCUGAACAAGGCCUGGCAGGAAAGCGAGUCGGAGAAAAAACCCAUCGUCAAGCCGCUCUUCAAGUUCUUCAACAGCAACGCCAGCUCCGUCCGGACCAUCCUGGUCGCAAACUGCGAGCAGCCCCACGUGCGCGGGAACCCAGUGUCUGAACCGUGGACCUCGCAGGACGACGACGAGACGGACGAGGACAGUGCGGACGCCGACGAUCCCCUCGACCCGCGCGAGAAGCUGCUCAUCUUCACCACAGGGUCGCUCACUUAUGCUCCCCACCAGGUCGGCUUCAAACGGAUCAAGCCAUUCCGCUUCGCGGAGCCGGAGAAGGAAGUGCCGACUUUGUCUGAACGGAUCGCCAUGCGUGAGGAAGAGAGGCUGGCCGAACCCCCCGACCCGAUCGAACAGGCGUUUGACGCCGUGGACCAUCUGGUCGACCUCCACGGCCACAUCAUCGGGAUGGGGCUCUCUCCAGACCAUCGGUUUCUGUACAUUAACAGCCGGCCUUGGCCGCAGAACUAUGUCAUCGAGCAACCGCUGUCGCCCCCCCCAAUCGCGCAGGAGAUAGACAUCCACGUCAUCGACCUGACAACCAUGGAGGAAGUGGGAAACCUCCUCCGGUCCCACAGGGCCUACACACCAAACGACGAGUGCUUCUUCAUCUUCCUCGAUGUGAGCGAACAGUAUGUGGCAAGCGGUGCGGAAGACCGGAAAGGUUACCUUUGGGACCGCCACUACGCGGUCUGCCUGGCCAAGCUUCCUCACGACGACGUGGUCAAUGCGGUGGCGUUCAACCCCCGGGAUCCCCAGAUGUUGGUCACUGCGAGCGACGACUUCACGCUCAAGGUGUGGCGGUCGCGCAGCAGGGUUAAGGAGCUGGGGCUGGCAUUGUGAGGGUCCUCAAAAAGUGCCACGUGGGUUGUUGUGUUCAAAAUGUGCCAGUAAACUCUUUGGAGCAGCAGGCUUCUGAAAACAGGUGUCACUGUACCAAAGCAAUUGUAAAAUAAGCUCAAAUAAAUGGUAAAAAUGUUGACCCAAACUCA